AUUCUUUAGUAGAGAAUCGUGCACGCUGGAUGAACGGGAGUAGUGUUGCCCGGACGCGGUGCAACAAUCGGGUGGCGGAGGGGUCUCAGGAGGCGGAUUAUUCUCGCUGUAAAGUAAAGUAGCGGGAGAGCGGUGUGCGCAACGACAGUCAAGAUGGAUGAGCUCUUAGGCCAUGGCCCUCAGAUCAAAUACUAAUCCUGAAGAACAACUGCGGACCCUGUUUAGUAGUUGCAGAUUGACGUCGUCUGGAUCCCUAACUUCAAUUGGGUUGCAACAGUUGUGCGAGAAGCUCCAUUUGGGGGAUUCGGCCACUCAGCUACUGAGCCAGCUCACUGCACAAAGGCAUGAGUUGGGUGGCCCAUCAAAGAAUUAUGAUGAUCGAUUUGAAGAUGUAACAUUUGAUGAAUUCAGAGAAGCCUUAGUUUAUCUCCUCUCGCAGCAGGAGCACUUGUCAUGUGCAUCGUUCAUAGCGCACAGGGAAAAAAUGAGUGCUGCUAAAGAACCAUCCUGCAACGAGGGAGAGUCGGCCAUGGACACUUCAACAGAGGCGGCAGUUCCCAAGAAGGAGGAGGAGACGACAGCUGAAACCACAUCACCUCCUGUGUGUGCCAGCCAGCCAUUACAAGACCUUGAAGAACAACUGAACACAAGCAUAAGCCCAGAGCAGGACAGCCAACCGCCCAGCUUAGCAUACUCUGGGGACAAUGAAGAGGAAUACCUUCGCGCAACCUGGCAGCGCCUUGGUGUGGGCCACGAUGGGUAUCUUUCCCUUGAGGAACUUGCAACUGUCUGUCAUGCCAUUGGGAUGGAGAAAGUGGCAAAUGAGGUUCUAGAACAGCUGUUCAGCCGACUCGAUGUUGAUGGGGAUGGGAGAAUCAGCUUCGAGGAGUUUGUUCACAUGUUCCAGAAUGGAGGGCCUAGUGGCAACACAUCCCUGGUCAUUGAUGAGUCACUUCAUCAGGAGACGCCAGGUACUCCCCUUAGCCGAAUGAGCUCCGUGAGCGAGGACCGACGGGGGGUUUCGGGAUCAGAGUCAGGCGUGUUCUCCGCUAUUGACCCGGAGAAUACUGGGUAUGCCAGCGUGGAGAGCAUCCUGGAGCUGUGGGACUCGUUGAACAUCAGCAACGGGGCGGACCUGCUGAGCCACCUGGGCUUCCCGCACCGCCCCCACGAGCGCGUGUCCCUCGGCGAGCUCUCGGCCGCCAUGGAGGAGGACGUGCAGCUGCCCGAGGAGCCCAGUGCCAGCGCCAGGAUCACCUCCAUGCAGAUGACGGUGCUCACCUACCUGCAGGAGAUUAAGUUUCUCAGGUUCUCUUUGGAAACGGCUCGAGGUGAAAGAAACAAGUUGCGGUGUGACUUGAACGAGGCCAACCAACGCGUAGCCCUGCUGGCCCAGGAGCUCGACGACCACAAUGCCCACAUGGAAGCCUCAUCGCAACACCAGAUCCAAGAGCUAGAGAGACAGUACCGAGAUCAGGUGCGAGAUCUCCAGGAUGCCGUGACGAGGGAGCGGGACACAGCGAGGGAUCAGGUCUCGGCCGUCACCCGCGAAAUGCAGUCCUACAAUGACCAGUUACAGCAAGAGGAAAAUAAGUUAAAAAGUAAAAUUGCAUCACUCCAGAGUGAUGCAAAGCGUUUAGAAGCCGAGAACUUAGAGAUGAGUGAAAAGGUUCAAGAGGCAGAGAAACAGAUGUCUCAGAUGGAGAAGUUGGUCGCUGAAAUGCAAGAGCUUCGUAGUAAGGUGGCAGAGUACGAGUCUAUGAGUCCGAGAGACGAGGAGUACCGCAGGUUGCUGGACCGACUGGAGCGGGUCACUUCAGAGAAUCAGCAGCUCAGAGACAGCAAUGAUGAGCUUCUCUCGCAAUUAGACGCCUUCCCUCUGCGCCAGAAUAACGGCAGAAAUAAUGACAAGGAAAGCAGCCUAGACGGAUCCUGUUUAGGUGAUUACGUGGACCAACCCAUGGGUCUGCUGGCGCCUGUGAAGCGCAGGGGAUCCAACAGUGGAUCUGGAGAUGACAGUUGUGAAGAGGAGAGUCCUCGGGGUGGUAAAGUGCGGCGCUUUAGUAAGGGCCUGAACAUACACUAUGUUGAUGUUGGAUCUUAUGAUGAAUCCUUCUUCGACACAAGCAUGUCCAACCUCUUGAAGACUCCGCCAACGUCUCAUGGUCCAGCCCAGGACUCUCAGCCUGCUUCCCUUGAUGAGCUAAAUAUCAAAGUACCCAAGAAGAACUCUGCUCAAAAUGAUGCACAUGAUACCAGUAUACAUGAGGCCAGCGUCACCAGCGUGAGGAGUGUGACCCAGCUAGUGAACAAGGAGCUAAAGCAGGUGUUCAGGCACGUGCGUGCGAGUGUUGAGGAGGAGUACAGGCAAGGAGAAAGUAGGGGGGCCAUUACAGAGAGGACUGUGGAAGGUGACGUCAUGAAACCCGCUGGUCAUGAGUCCCUCAACAGAGCUCAAGAGCAACUUGUGGAAUGGGAGUUAGCCCAGCUUCAAAAGGAGCAGGAAAGGCAUCGGAAGAUAGACCAAGAACUGGAGGUGGAAUUGGCCCAGCUGCGGGAGGAACGAGACCGGCUGGCAAAGGCGCUCGAGCUGCAGCGGGAGGAGUUUGCGCACCAGUUGGAAAAGAAGGAGUUUGAGUACGAAGCUGCUCUGAACGAGUGCACCAGCGUGCGGAAGCAGCUGGAGAAGACCACGUCCCAGCUAAACCUCUCCAUUCCGGAGGCCUCGCAGGCUCCUUUCCCGCAAUCCUCAACUCCCAUCAAAUCAUCUUCCACAGCACCCAUCAGCUUGCGAGACAAGUGCACAAGGUGCGGUGACACUCAAGGCCAGCUCACAAUGGCGCUGGAGGAGCUGGAGAUGGCGUUGCGAAGGGAAGAACAGGAGCGCUCUCAGCGUAUCAAUGCAGAGACACUCUUGGGCAACAGACAAGAAAAUGGAAGUACAACAGAAUCUGGAGAAACAGGGUCUAGCACAGCAUACCCAAACUCUGCAUCAGAACCAUCCACUGCUUCAAAACUCCUCAUGCAAGGGAAUGCAGGAGAGGGUAGAGUAAGAGUCCUGGAGGAGCAGUGCAGAGGCCUGGAGGGUGAACUGGCAAGGGUCAGGGUUGAGGUCCUCAAGAUGGUGGAAGAGAGAGACCAACUUGCAAAACAAAAGGAAUUCCUGGAACAAAGAAAAGAUAACAUGGACUACCAGAACAUGAAGAGUCGUUGCCAGAUGUUGGUUGACAAAAUUAGAAGAAAGAGAAUGGCCAAUGCACCCAGUGUAAAGGAGACCAUAGGGGAGAAACCAGAGCAGGAGACCAACACAGAAAAGGAAGGCGACCAGGGGACCAAGGACACAAAGGAGGGUAAUGCUUCCGAUGUUCAGAAAAGCAGCUCAAGUCACGAUGAAGUAGAUAAGGCCUUGCCUGUCGAGAAGCCUGAAGAUAUGUUUGAGGAACUUGGUAAAGAGGUGUGUGCUUUCGAAGAGGAGCUUUGUCAUGAACGAGAUGGGCUUGAGAAGCAGAAAGCCGCUCUUCUAGAGAAGAACAACAAGCUGGAACAGAAUCUCGAGAUACUACGUGUAGAGUUUGACAAGAGUGAGGAUUAUUGGACCCUGAAGCUGCAGGAGGAGCAGGAUUAUUAUGAGGAAGAGCGGCGUUUGUAUGACGAGAAGUUCUCUUCCCUGGAAAAGAAAAUCCGGGAAUAUGAGGAGCUCGUUCUCUCUGGCGGUGGGGGGGGGCGUGAUAAUUCUGACGAGUCUGACCGACUGUCCACCAUUGAUGAGAGCGCCAUUUGGGAGAAACAGGUGACGGAGUUAGAAGAGGAAGUAUCUCUACUGAAGAAGCAAGUGGAUGAUUUAAGGGAGGAACGACAGAGGAUGGAGUGCGUCUGGGAAGCUCGUCUCCAAGAGGAAAGACAGCUUGCAAAUCAGAAGUGCAGUGGUCUUCAAGAUCAAAUUUGUAACCUUACCACACAACUGCAUCAGGCACAACACCAAGUGAAUUCAGUUCUAGAAGAAUUGGACAAAGUGCGGAGAGAAUCUGAGCAGCGCAUCAAAGACCUUUCUAAUCAACACAGACUACGCUCGCAGGAUAAUCCUCCUCUUGUGAAUGGCCAUGGUGCAGACUCUGAAGGAAGAUUAAGUCCCAAUACGCCCGACGAAGACAGACAGUUCUUUCGGGGUGCCGGAAGUGUUGGCGAAGAGACAAUCAAUGGAUCACUGAGAGCUCAGUUGCGUCAGUGCCAGAGUCGUCUCCGUUACCUAGAAGCCGCAUUGCGUCAGCAUCACACUCAUGCACAUCACAUACUCACAGUAACAAGGGAGCAGCAUGCAGCAGAAGUGCAGAACCUUGAGGGCAUGAUGGCUGCCACCCAGCAGAUGCUUGGCCAGCACAUUGCCAAGUACAAAGAUCAGUUGAGCAAGGCCAGUCGCAGCGACUCUCUUGUCAGGGAGUUGUACCUGGAAAAUGCCCAGUUAAUGAGGGCUCUCCAGAUUACCGAGAGUCGCCAAAAAUCGGCAGAAGAAGCAAGUCGUCGGUUGCAAGUAGCAGCACUGGGACCACACAGUGUUUCAUAAAAAAAAUGAUUAAUGCACCUCUUAAGAUAGUAUUAAUGCAAUAUGAGCAAGAUGAUACAAUAUGAAAAGAUAAUAAAGAAUCUGAGUAAUAUGUGGAAUCUUAGUAAUGAAAAUAACAGCUUAUUUUGACAGUUUAAAGAUCUAGUUUAAAUACAAUAAAGUACUAUUUUUCCCCAAAUGUAAAAUACAAGUAGAAAAAAAAAUAUUGAGGACCAAUUUGGUUUGCAUGUAUAUUUGUUAGAUACAUUUCAUCUAGGUCAUUUUUCACAAACAUUCAGGUUAAAAUAUUUCACAAAUCUGCUUCUCACCAGUGCCUGUCAAAAUCUUGAGUCCUUUUCUUAUUUUUUUACAAUAUUUGAUCAUAAGAUGUAGCAAGACACCUAGUGAUUUGUUAACUUAAAAAUGUGCUGUUUUCUUUAUUGUAAGUAAUGAAGGUAAUAUAAAUUAUAUAUUUAAAUGUGUACUGUUUGGUGCAUUGUGAUGUUAUGAUGUAUGACUGAGUCGUUAUUUCUUGAGGCAGGGAGUAAGGAAUCUUUAAGAUAAGUGUGGAUGAUCUGUUACACAUAGGGCAUUAAGUGGUGUGCUGGAGCAUUUACAGGAAAUUUAUUCCAGCUUAUAGAUCAUAAAUCUAUUGAAGCUUGUCUGUACUGUCAGUAAAGUUGGAAAUAGAAAUGGUAAACUCAUAGAGUUCUAGUCACGAUGCUUGUUCUUCCUGUAAUAGUGAAUGUGAUUGUUAAACAUUUGUAUACAUGGAACUGACAAUGAUGUUAUCUGCUUGAUUUUUUUUUAUGUCGCUAGUCUUCUUCUUCAGUCAAAACUCAAUCAAACAGUGAAUUGUGCCAUACUAUAAAUAUGUGGCCAUUUCUUCAGUUUUUUUUUUACGUUCAUAUAAGCAUUUUUCAAUGCCAUAGACAAUAGCAUUUUUCCCUCCUUGUUUUACUUAUUCACCAGUGCCUCUGUACUAUGAUACCAAAGUGUGUAGAUUGUCAUAGAUAAAAUAAACAGUUGAACCUAUA